ACUCACGUGUGAGAGAACAAAAAAAAAAAAAAAGUAAAGAAACACAAAAAUGAAGUGUCCGUACUGUUCAUCGGCGCAGGGACGGUGUGCCACCACAAGCUCCGGUAGAUCAAUAACGGAGUGCUCAUCUUGCGGUCGCGUAAUGGAAGAACGUCAGACGCAAAACCAUCACCUCUUCCAUCUCCGAGCCCAAGACACUCCUCUCUGCUUAGUCACUUCCGAUCUCCAAACGGCGGCGCAACCGUCUCCUGAAGACGAGGAAGAUCCGUUCGAACCUACGGGAUUCAUUACCGCCUUCUCUACCUGGUCCCUCGAGCCAAGCCCGAUCUUCGCUCGGUCUUCUCUCUCUUUCUCCGGUCAUCUCGCUGAACUCGAACGAACCCUAGAACUCGCUUCGUCUACAUCGAAUUCGAAUUCGUCGACUGUUGUGGUGGAUAAUCUUAGGGCUUAUAUGCAGAUUAUCGAUGUGGCGUCGAUUUUAGGGUUGGAUUGCGAUAUCUCCGAGCAUGCUUUCCAGUUGUUUAGGGAUUGUUGCUCAGCUACUUGCUUGCGGAACAGAAGCGUUGAAGCUUUAGCCACUGCUUGCCUUGUUCAAGCUAUUAGGGAAGCUCAGGAGCCUAGAACUCUUCAGGAAAUCUCCAUUGCAGCCAAUGUACAGCAGAAGGAAAUUGGGAAGUACAUCAAGAUUUUAGGAGAAGCUCUGCAACUAAGUCAACCCAUCAACAGUAACUCUAUAUCUGUUCAUAUGCCAAGAUUCUGUACCCUCCUCCAACUUAACAAAUCUGCUCAGGAACUAGCAACACAUAUUGGAGAAGUUGUGAUCAACAAAUGCUUCUGCACCCGUAGAAACCCGAUCAGCAUUUCUGCAGCUGCAAUCUAUCUAGCAUGUCAGCUUGAAGACAAACGAAAGACGCAAGCAGAGAUAUGUAAAAUAACCGGACUAACUGAGGUAACUCUACGCAAAGUCUAUAAGGAACUGCUAGAGAAUUGGGACGAUCUACUUCCAUCUAACUACACACCAGCUGUGCCACCAGAGAAAGCAUUUCCCACCACCACAAUCUCCACAACCCGCUCAACAACUCCUAGAGCCGCGGAUCCACCUGAACCUAGUUUCGUGGACAGAGACAAGCCAUCUGUCAAACCAGUUGAAACUUGUGAUCAUACCUACCAACAACCCAAAGGCAAAGAAGAGAAGCAGCCAAAAUUCAGACAGCCUUGGCUGUUUGGAACUGCCAGUGUCAUGAACCCAGGGGAGAUGAUAAGCGAGCCAGCAAAGCCUAAUGCUAUGGACUAUGAAAAGCAUCAAGUCGAUAAGCAGCAGCAGCAGCAGCCGCUAGGCGAUAAGGAGACAUUGCCUAUAUAUCUAAGACAACACAACCAAUUCCCUUCAAAUACAUCUCCAUCUACAGGUAUCAGCACAAUCAAUUGGUCAUUCCGACCAUCUGGCUCCCCUGGAUCUUCCAGCAACUUGCCUGUUGUUCAUCCGCCAAAACUGCCUCCGGGGUAUGCUGAGAUUAGAGGUAGUGGAUCUCAAACAGGAAGCAGGAAUGCUAAUAAUCCCCAUGGAGACUUCUGCUAGAUAAACUAUUAAAUUUGUCUUUAAGGU